AUGGAACAAAAUGCUCGUUCUUCCAGCUCCGAAAGUUUUAUUUCGGACAUCUCUCUCAUUCAAGACCCCAUUUCCGAAGACCGAGGAAUCGAUUCUUUACUGGCGACAUCGACAGACUCUAAAGUCACUCUCACUGACCCGUGUUAUCAAGUAACUGAUGAAAGCUCGCUCACCGGGUCGCUGGACAUUUCCAAAAUGUCUUCGUCGUUCGAGAAAAACCAUUUUGAAGUUUCUUCACCAGACUCCGCUUUCAGUGAAGGCUCGCUAAACGAUUUCGAGAGUGACGAUAACACACGGAUUGAGACUCUUAUCAACCAGCUCAUGAGCAAUUCCGAGGAUCUACAGUCGGAUAUUUCAAAUUAUCUGCAAUCCGAUAUUCCGUCCUCGGAGGAGAUUGCUUCGUUUGACAUCGAUACCUUCUUUAGCUCAGAUCUCAUGAACGGCGACAUAUUUUCCGAUAUUGCGGAAAGCAGCGACAUUCCGGAGCCCACUUCCAGUACUGGCACCUUCGACCAUGGUUUCAAGUCUUCUACAGAGCAGUCCUUAUUUGGAAGUUCUUCAGCCGACAUGUUCGAAUCAACAAGUUACUUUGACGAUAUGGAUUACCUCAUUCCCAUGCACCUUCUUCCACAUCUUCCUCCUCCUCUUCAAGUACCUAUUCGCGAAAUAUCUUACUCACAUGCAGAAAGCAGAUUAAUUGUUUUCGUGAACCUGAACGACGGCUCUCCAGUGAGCAUUCAUACAACGCCCCGAAACUUUUCGUAA